ACACAUCUCGCGAAAGCAGAGUGGUACCGUCUGGUAACGUCAAGUGUGCGAACUGUCGUGAAAGCACAUUGACGCAGAAAGAAAUAAGCAGCGUCGUCAUUUGCUCUCCAGUUUGUAAAUAUUAAUGUCAUAAAGUAGAUAUUUAAUUAUUUUUUCUAGGUUAAAAUCGUCGCAGUGCGUAAGAAGCACUUUGCUGCUUCUCGUGCUCGUUUAUUGUUAAUUAGCUUAGCUCGCUAGUUAGCUUAGCUUGUUAGCUGCUAACAGAAGACGCAGACGUUAUAAACACAUCGCUAAGUGGAGAUCAAGUGUGAGAGUAAAGUGUUGUGAUUGUGUGAACAUGUCUACAUUACAAAUGUUGAGAGCGUUGGUGGAUGAGCGACUAACUGCUGCUGUUGAAGAAAUAUUUGUGGUGUUAGAAAGAACGAUAGCUGAAUACGAGGCGGAACUUUCUAGAACAAAGGAGGAGAACAAUCGACUACUGGACGCUGUUUUCAAGAAAAAUCAAGUUGUGUUACACAGAACAGACCUCGAUGAAGAACAUAAUCUCUAUGAGCACGAGAAGGAACCACAGCCCAUCCAGAUUAAAGAGGAAGAAGAGGUAACACAGCCCCCCCACAUUAAACAGGAAGCGGUUGAGCCACAGUCUUCCCACAAUAAAGAAGAAGCAGCGGAGGACAGCAUCAGUCAGGAGGGAGAGCAUACUCAAGGUCUGGAGGAGUUCCCAGUGACUGGUGUCCCUGUGAAGAGUGAAGAUGAUGAGGUCAAAGGUGAAAGUGAGGAGAACAGAGAGGCGGAGCCUCCAAGCAGCAGCUCAACACAACACAUGACAACAGAAGCUGAUGGAGACCACUGUGGAGGAUCACAAGCAGACACGCUCUUAGCUCCACUAUCAGAUAGUGAGGACACAACGUCACACUCUCCUGACACUGAUGAUGAAGACUCUAAAGAUGAUAAGACAUGUCAUACUGACAACAUUCACUUCAAAUGUUCUCACUGUGACAAAACCUUUAAAUACCAUUGUCGUCUGAAAACACACAUGAGAACACACACUGGAAAGAAACCUUUUUCUUGUUCAAUCUGUGGCUUAUCUUUUACAAGGAAGGACAAUAUGAAAGAUCACACAAGAACACACACAGGAGAAAAACCUUUUUCGUGUUCUUUAUGUGAUUCGAAGUAUACACGAAGUCGAGAUUUGAAAAAACACCUUAAAAGACACACUGGGGGGAACCUUUUUAAGUGUUCUGUGUGUAAUUCAAGUUUUGUCCGAGGUGAUCAUUUGGAAAGACACAUGAGAACACACACAGGAGAAAAACCUUUUUAUUGUUCAAUCUGUGGCUCAUCUUUUACAAGGAAGGUCAGUUUGAUGGAUCACACAAGAACACACACUGGAGAAAAACCUUAUUCAUGUUCAUUCUGUGGUAAAUGUUAUCCAAGGAGGUACCAAUUGAAAUCUCACAUGAGAAGACACACUGGAGUGAAACCUUUUUCGUGUUCAGUGUGUGAUUCAAGUUUUGUUCGAAGUCGAGAUUUAAAAAAACACAUGCAAAGUCACGCUGGGGGAAAAAUUUUGAGUUGCAGUGUGUGUGAUGAAAGAUUCUUUCAUGAGUACCAACUUAACAAACACAAGUGUGCUGGUGAGAAUAUCAGCAGUAAAAUAGAAAAAGGCUACACAGACCUCCACCAGGCCAAAUCUCUCCAAAAAAAUCUGUUUAAUCCAGAAAGUGAUCAGGAUUAACACCAACAUUUAAUGACAUGUUCCUUAUCCCAUUUCUGACAUGUUCUGAAAGUUUCAUUGAAAUGCGCCCAUACUUAAUUUUAUUAUUUUAUUUACUGCCAAUCAAAAAAACCCCAAAUCUCUUUUAGUUACUUUUCAAUUUCAUCAAUAGCAAACAAAUAAAUAUGUUUCUUAGUUACACAUCCUGAAAACAACAUCCAGACAACAGUUUGUGUGUAUUAUUGAUUCUUACUAAUAUGUUUAGUUGUGUACUAACACAUCAAUUUGUACUUCUGCUAAUAUUUAAGAAGUGAUGAUGAUGUUAUCGUUCAGUGUGCCCCUUCACUGGCUUGCUGUCUCCAAAACAAGUCUCCACCAUGGUGGUGCCAGCGGUCCUACUACUUGUACUUGUACACUACACAAUAUAAUCAAGCACACCUUUUGUAAGAUAGACAUUUUUGUUUACACUAGCAAUUUGAAACUAGCGCUGUAUCCUUUGCAUGUGACCUUGUAGAAUAAAAUAUGUUUUAUGAGCAA